UAUAUCUUCCCCAUAUAGUCAUCCUCAUCACCCUAAGCAAGCACCACCAUGGCUGAAGAGAAGCACCACCACCACCACCUCUUCCCCCACAAGAAGGAGGAAGACAUGCCUACAGACGUAGGUGUGUACUCUGAGACCACCUAUGCCGCCGAUGGCAUGGGUGACUACUCUGCAACCACUGAAGCUGUGGUGGUGGAAGAAACCCAUGAUUAUAAGAAGGAGGAGAAGCACCACAAACACCUCGAACACCUCGGCGAGCUUGGCGCCACCGCGGCUGGUGUCUAUGCCUUGCAUGAGAAACACAAGGCAAAGAAAGACCCGGAGCAUGAACACAAGCACAAGGUAGAGGAAGAAAUAGCAGCUGCAGUGGCAGUUGGAGCUGGUGGAUAUGCAUUCCACGAGCAUCAUGAGAAGAAAGAGGCCAAGAAAGAAGAUGAAGAGGCUUGCGGAAAGAAGCAUCACCACCUCUUUUAAGUGCCUUCCUGUCUCUCCUUUGAUCCAUUCCACGGAGUUGUGUUAUCUUUAUUAGCAAAUAUCAACUACCCUCAAUUAUUUUAUGUAUGGGUCUGAGUUUAGGUUUGAGUCUGAAUUCGAGUUUUUGUUUUAUUGUCCUAUCUGUGUGGACAUAGUAGAAGCCGUGUUUAUUGGUUAUGUACGUUCUUAUAAGCAUUGGCGUAAUAAUAUGGUUUGAG